AUGCACCUACUUCUCUGCACCAUCAUCUACCUCGUCGAAUUUAUCCAAGCCGCACCUACUACAAAUGCUACUGCCACUAGCGACAGUCCUGAAGCCCCAUCAUUUAUGAAUAGAACCAUGUGGAACAUCGUCUCCAGCUGCGUUCUCACUCUCUUUGCGUGCAAUUACAGUGCCAUUCACCCAAAUAUUCCGAGUCCUAAAGACAGCACCGUUCGUAUCCUACGGCGACGACUUGGCAUCAUGAUAAUGGCACUAAUCGCUCCUGAACUGAUCGUCACAUCAUGGGCUAUGCGCCAGUGGAUCAGCGCUCGCUAUGUUACAAAACAGUUCAAAGAAUCAGGGUAUUUCAAUGUUCCUCAACCGCAGAAGCAGUAUGAAAGUCACGAGUUGGCUGAAGUGCCUGCAGAGCAACUCGAAGAUUAUGCGUGGACUCAGGGACACAGCUUCUUUGUGCUGAUGGGUGGUCUCAUGCUUUAUGUGGACGGGGAACCCUACCACACACUACAGUCUGACCAAGUUCUCACGCUGAUACGUGAAGAGUGUAUUGAUGCCCCUUCCAUAACGGCAAAGCAGAUCAGCGACCGUAGCAAAGGGAAUGUCAUCUCAAAAGGAUUGAUCAUGCUUCAGGCGGCCUGGUUUGUUCUCCAGCUCAUCUCCCGCGCCAUCUAUCACCUCGAAACCACCAUGUUGGAAGCGGGGACACUCGCUUUUGCGGUCCUCAAUUUCCUCACCUAUGCUCUGUGA